AUGUCCUGGAUAUUCGGUGGUUCAAAUAACAAUCAAAAACAAGAACAAGAUGAUAAAUCGUUAGAAAAAAAUUUAGGUUUCGAUCCUUCUCAAUUGACUAACGUCUCAAACAUUAUAGGUACUUCUUCUUUAGAUCCUUCGAGAUUACAUCCUCUUGCUGGUUUGGAAAAAGGUGUAGAGUAUCUGGAUUUAGAAGAAGAACAACUAUCCACUUUAGAAGGUUCCCAAGGUUUGAUCCCUUCUCGUGGUUGGACUGAUGACUUAUGUUAUGGUACUGGUGCCGUUUAUUUACUAGGUUUGGGGAUCGGUGGUUCUUAUGGUUUCAUCGAAGGUUUGAAAAAUAUUACUCCAAAUUCUUCUGGUAAAUUACAGUUAAAUACAGUUUUAAACCACAUUACUAGGAGAGGUCCUUUCUUAGGUAACAGUGCCGGUGUCUUAGCAUUGACUUAUAACAUCAUCAACUCAUCAAUAGACUCAUUUAGAGGGAAACAUGAUACCCCAGGUGCCAUCCUUGCUGGUGGUUUAACUGGUGCUAUCUUUAAAUCUUCAAAAGGUUUAAAACCAAUGGCUUAUGCUUCAGGUAUGACUGCUGCCGCUGCUGCUUUAUGGAGUGGUGCUAAGGAUACUGUUUUGGAAUAA